GUUGCAGGGUGUUGAUCUUAAUGCUCAGCAGCUUGCGAUUGUUGCAGGGCUUUGCGAAUGGAGAGAUGUUGUUGCCCGAGCAGAGGAUGAGAGUACUGGCUAUAUUUUACCUAACAAAACUCUUCUAGAAAUUGGUAAACAGAUGCCUGUGACUGCCAGUCAGUUGCGCCGGUUGAUGAAAUCGAAGCACCCGUAUGUGGAGCGGAAUCUUAAUUCUGUUGUUAGUAUCAUUAGGCAUUCAAUCCAAAAUGCAACUACAUUUGAAGUUGCUGCUGAACAUCUAAAGGAAAGACGCAUGGAAACAGCGUAUGAAGAAAAUAGAGUGGCUUCUGAUGAACCUGAAGAAUUGCAACCUCCUGAAAAGCCUGCAACAGUGAAAAUAUCAAUACGAGAAAGUACUGGAAAUGAUAGUGCAGCAAAUGGUAGCUUGCUUGAGGACCCACCAGCUUCAGUACAAGUUAAAGAGAGUUUUUUGGAACUUGGGAGAAGUGCUGCUGGAGUUGGCAGAAUCCAACAGAAAGGUUCUGUUGAGCAUUUUGGUGAAUAUGGGGGUGAAGCAUGUGGCUAUGUUGCCCAACUUCCGAGAGAGAACUUGACCAUAUCCUGUCAGAUCACAGAGAGUCAUACUGAAAUGAAUGUGUCUCACUCAGUUACUGGUGCAACUGUUCAGGUAUUAAAGAAGCCAAGCCGUGCUUUUGGGGCACUGCUGGGAAAUACAUCUUCAAAAAGAAAAUUUGAUCCUGAUAAAAAAGAAAAACAAGAGGUCAAGCUGGAACAGAUAAAAUCUACGGUAAACCUGCCAUUCCAUUCAUUUUUGGGCAGGGAUGAACCAAUGCAAACAGCUGUAAAAAAAGCUGCUAAACCGCUGGAAGUCUCCCAUGAUGGAGAACCUGUUGCCGUACCAGCUGGCAGCUCUAAUUUGGAAGAGGUUAUGCACUUGGAAGGUGAUACAAUUGUUGAGGAAUCAAUAAGCGAUGACAUACAUGCAACAAACGAUCAAUUGCAGCAUAGGGUAGAUGCUGCAGAUUCUGCUUUGGAUUUGGAUGGCGCAGAUGAGACUACUUUACUCUCUGAUUUGUCCUCCAGCUUCCAGAAGUGCUUGCAGUCACUAAAUCAAACAAGAAAGGCCAGCCAGCUUGAGAAUUCCCAGGAGUGUGAGGGACUUUUGCAGUUGAAACCUUUUGACUAUGAAGCAGCAAGGACACGGGUCAGAUUUGGGGCGGAUUCACGGGGAGAUAUGGGGGUAGAGGGUAAUGAGGGUGGUAGUAGGCUUGAUAUAGGGGAUACGAAAAAGAAUUCAGUCAUAGGUGGGAACCUGACAGAUGAAGCGGGUGGAGAUUUUCUCCAGGGCAGAAGACGUCAGGCUUUUCCAGCAUCCGGAAAUCGAAGUGCAACUUUUCGUUGA